UUCAACAUAACCUUUAAAAAUAAAUCUAAACAAGUGUAUUUCUGAAGAGUAAAAGAAGGUUGCAGUAUUUUAUAUAUCUGUUCUAUUUAAUAAUCAACAUGGAACUGGGAGGUUCACUUAAAAAAUUCUUAAUUUCUCCUGCUCCAGCAGUGGUUAACACAGAACAAUCAACAUUACACCCAUACCAGCCCAGACUACAAGAAAAACGUGAACAUGAAUUUGUUGCUAAUUGGACUAGUGACCAGACAAAAGUGAUGCUAGAUCUUUAUAAAAAAUAUCGUCCAAAGGUUGGGAGUUUCCAAAUCAAGAAUUUAAAAAGGCUAUGGGAAGUUUUAGCUGCAGAAAUGAAUGAGAUUCUUGAAUCUAACUACAGUUCAAGUCAUGUGGAGAAUAGGUGGAGAGUUGUUGAACGGUCAUACAAAAAAUUUGUUGAUAACCAGACAAAAACAGGGAGAGGCAAAAAAUAUUUUGAGUAUCAAGAGGAGAUGGACAAUAUAUUUAGAGGCAAAAAAAAUGUUAAGCCCGAUGUUCUGUUGUCAACAGAUACCAUUGAACAUGUAGAAGAAGUAGAGCCAGCCAAUGAAGAACCUAUUCAAUCUACCUCAAAUUCAGCUACAGCUACAUUUCAGACCCUAGGAAAAGGUUUAUCAUUGAAACGAAGAAAUCCCGCAACAACUAAAAAUCUCACCUUAGAGCAAUUAAGAAGAGAUAGGAAAGAAUAUUAUAAAGAGAGAAUAGAAGUUGAAAAACAGAAGUUAGAAGUUGAAAAGCAGAAAGUAGUAUUAAUGAAGGAAAGAAAUAAUCUGUUCAGAGAAAGAAAUGAGCUCCUGAAAAGAGACUCUAACUAACUUUAUAAAUCCACUUUGUGGAAUUUUUUACCAAAGAAUUAUGAUUUAAUUUUAGUAUUCAUUAUUUAGUUUAAGUUUGUGGAGUAUACUUUUCAUCCAUUCAACAGAUGGGGAUCUUAGACUUUAAGGAAAUGAAUGAGCUCCUAAAAAGAGACAAAUUGUUGAUUUUUUUUACCAAAGAAUUAUGAUUUAAUUUUAGUAUUUAUUAUUUAGUUUAUGUUUGUGGAGUAUACUUUUCAUCCAUUCAACAGAUGGGGAUCUUGGACUUUAAGGAAAUGAAUGAGCUCCUAAAAAGAGACAAAUUGUUGAUUUUUUAACAAAGAAUUGUGAUAUAAUUUUAGUAGGUUUAUUUUCGUGGAAGGUAUUGAGUUCAUUAGUUCAAAUAAAUAUGAAUAUGCAUCGGAUAUAUGUACAAUUGAGUUAUGUGAGAAUGUGUUGGGGUGAAUAAAUAAAAAUAAGCAGAAACCCUUAGAAA